CCUUGCAUGAGUUUGGUUGCAUCAGGAACCCAUUACUCUGUUAUUUUAUUUUAUUUUCUCAAUAACAAAAAAAUAAAAAUAAAAAUCACGUCUUGAAGAAACAAAAUCAAAAUUGGGUCUACGAUUCUCAGCGAACCGAUCAGUUGUUGAUUUUCCAAUCGAUCCGAUAAGGUUGAAACCCUAAUUCUCUAUUCCCAGGAGAUGGGUUCUGCAGAAAAAAGCUCCCAGUGGCGGAGCGUGUUCGACGGCGUGAAGCUGAAGACCAUCAAAGCAAUGCCGGAAGCUCUAAUGGCGGAGAUCAACACAGCAAUCUGCAAUCUCGAGUACGCACGCGCCACCGCUCUUGUCGACUCUCCGUCUUCUUUGUCUUCGACGGCGAAAACCGAGAUCCCUGAUCAACCGGAAUACAAUGCACGAAUGGCGGACCAAGCCUACAAGGCAGGCUGCGCAGCCUUGGCAGCUGGGAAACUCGACGAGGCCCUUCUCUCUCUGAACACUUCUCUCUCUAUGUGCCCGCCUGAUCAGACCUCUGCGGUGACCAAGCUCCACUCUUUGAUCUCUCUCACAUCUCGGCAGCUCCAUAAGUCCACCAGCUGAGUUUAUCUUGUCCUUUAUAAUUAAUGCAAGCGAUGGUGGGGAAGGAGGAAUCGAACUCAGGAUCUCGAGUGCAGCGGACUUUAUUAUGACAUCAAAAUUUGGGAUGUUUGAUUCCAAGUUUCCAUGCUUUUUUCAUGCGGAUUUGGAGGUCGGCAACAAUAAUGUGGAGCUAUUUAAUGAUCAAUCAAUUGGGGAACAGGGGAGAUGUAGACAUUAGUGUCCGGAGCAGAUUUCACGAGGGUGAUUGGUGAUGGAGAUGAUGCUUUAAAGCUCUACAGAUAAAGAUAAGGUUUGAGUACGUGUAUGGUUGUAUAGGUAGAGGAUUUUCCUUUGUUCUUGCCUAAAGGUCUAAACUUGGUUGAUUGUUUGAUCAGUUGAGAUAUGAAUGAUGUAUUUAACCAUGGUUAAUCAUUAUUAGAGAAUAUCAUCUGUUCUUUUCUAAA